UUCACACCACCGUUCCUCAUCACAGCCCACGACGAGCGAAGGACUCGGACCGUCGCCGUCGCCGUUCGCGUUGCCCGUGGAGAACAGGAAAACGAUCGGGAUAACCGGAAGGGGCAAAGAGAGACCUGGGGGAAUCCUUAUCUCUGCGUCUGUGUUGCUUAUCGGUUGAGUGGAAAUCAAGUGGAUAAUAUAUCGUGGAAGAUGUCGCACGGGACGAACUCGUUCGAGUCGCACUCAGCAGCAUCGGUCAUGACGGAGGACGAAGAGGACUGGGAGGACUACUGCAAGGGCGGCUACCACCCCGUCCACAUCGGCGACUCCUUCUCCGACGGCAGGUACCUCGUCGUCAGAAAGCUCGGCUGGGGCCACUUCUCCACCGUCUGGCUCGCAAAAGACUCAAAACUCAACCGCCAUGUCGCCCUCAAGAUCGUCAAGUCCGCCCCGAGAUACACAGAAACAGCCCUAGACGAGAUCAAGCUCCUCCAACGUCUCAUCACAUCCACCACUCCCCCCGUCGCACCCACCUCAUCCAACCCCCACCCCGCGCCCUCACCCUCACAGACACACCCCGGCAGAUCCCACGUCAUCUCCUUCCUCGACCACUUCAGACACAAAGGCCCGAACGGCACCCACGUCUGCAUGGUCUUCGAGGUCCUCGGCGAGAAUUUAUUAGGGCUCAUCAAGCGCCAUCAGCGGAGGGGCGUCCCCCAGACCCUCGUCAAGCAGAUCGCGAAGCAGAUCUUGCUUGGGCUCGAUUAUAUGCAUAGGUGUUGUGGCGUUAUUCAUACCGACCUCAAACCUGAAAAUGUCCUGAUCUGCAUCGACGACGUCGAAUCCAUAAUCCAAGCCGAACUCGCCUCCGCCGCCCUCCUCGCCUCCUCCUCCACCUCUCCCUCCUCCCCCUCCAACCCCAACCUCUCUUCCGGCGGCCCACACAUCUCCGUCCCCGGGGUCAUGCACAACGCCCCGACGAAAUUAGUGGGCGUCCCGCCGUCGAGGGGAAGAGGAGGGAAUCAGACGCCGAGGAGCGAGAGCGUGUUUAUUACGGGGAGUCAGCCGCUGCCGAGUCCGAGCUCGAGUUAUGGGGCGAGUCCGAUGUUGGAUAAGUGGGCUUUUGGGAUGAGUAAGAUUGAGGAUGGGGGGUCGGUUAAUGGGGGGAGUUCGUUGAAGGCGCAGGUUGAGGACGCGGUGGAGGAUGGAGGUCCAGGAGGGGACGAAGGAGGGGGAGGAGGAGGAGGAGGAGAGGGGACGAAGAGGGGAUUGAGCGCGGAGAUGGAUUCGGCGUCGGAGAGGAUAUCGAAAUUGAUGAAGGACGAACAUGGACAUACGAAUCACUCACAUAACAGCAACGACAAGCACGCACAAGCACAAUCGGCGGGCCCGUCAUUGCUCUCACAACAGGCCCCACCGCGUAACGGCCAACAACCACCCCAAUCACCCCAACCGGCUGAAGUACCGUCAAUAUCGAGCAGCUCGCGGGGAAAGGCGGGGCUCGUGGACAGUGGCGGUGGGGAGGGCGUUGCUGGAGGAGAAGAGGGAGAAGGAGAGCCGGGGACGGGGACAGCGAGGGCGUCGGUUUCGAGUGCGAGUUCGAUGCCGCUGGAUGGGACGGAGAGGAUUACGGUUAAGAUUGCGGAUCUGGGGAAUGCGACGUGGGUCGAACAUCAUUUCACGGACGAUAUCCAGACGAGGCAGUAUCGCUGUCCGGAAGUCCUCCUCGGCGCACGGUGGGGCCCAAGUGCGGAUAUCUGGAGUGUGGCGUGUGUGCUCUUCGAACUCCUCGCCGGCGGCGACUACCUCUUCGACCCCCAGGCCGGCUCGCGGUACAGUAAAGACGAAGACCACAUAGCGCAGAUCAUCGAGCUCAUCGGCGAGUUCCCGCAGUCGAUGGCGUUCUCGGGGAAGUAUUCGUCGAGGUUCUUUAAUCGGAAAGGCGAACUCCGCCACAUCAACAAACUCCGCUUCUGGCCCCUCCAAGACGUCCUGCACGACAAAUACGAAUUCUCCACCGAAACCGCCAACACGAUCGCAUCCUUCCUGAACCCCAUGCUCCGUCUGAACCCAGAAAAGCGCGCGGGCGCGGGCGAGCUGACGCACCAUCGCUGGCUCGACGGCGUCGUCGUCCAGGGCGAGAUCGACGUCAUCCGGUGGGCAGAGGAGGACGAGGCGCGGAGGAGGGGCGUCGGGAUCGGGGGGGCGAGGGGCGGUGGUGCAGGGGGGAGUGGUGCCAGGGGUGCAGGGGCUGGUGGGGAGGGGGUGAAGGGGGAGCAUGGGGAGCCGUUGGCGGUUAGGGAGAGCGAUGAGGACGCGUUGAAGCCUGUGGAUGAUGUGGGCGACGGGGCGACUAUUGGGGGCAGUGGGACGGACGACGAGAGGUCGAGCGUGAAGGGGGGACAGCAGCAGGCUCCAGUAUUGGGGAUGCCGAAGAAGGGGGGUGCUCAGGCGCAGGCGUCUCCCCAGAAGAAGAAGGGAGGCAGUAAGGGGCGUAAAGGUGGUUGAUCAUGUUUUGGGGGUUCGACGUUCGGGGUUGGGAUGGGGACGAGUGGGGGGAUGGGGAGUGUACGAUGUGAUCGUCUAGACGGCUUGUGCUUGUUGUUUCUGUUGUUGUUGUUGCCGUUAUGUUGUUGUUGUUGUAUCUCAUCGUUUCGUUGACUGGUGGUUCUUUUUUUUUCCCUCUCGCACGCCUCUAUCCUUGUGUUUUCCACAUAACCUUUCGAUUCUUGCUUUUCGUCCUUAGUGCGGCGCUCGGAGCCCAAUCCAAUCCAGUCCAUUCCAUUCCGGUCCAGUCCGUUUCUGUUAACGUUCGGCGCAGUCCCAAGCGAUUUCUUCAGCUUCAGUGAAUCUACGCUAAUCUUUUCUUUUCUUUUCUCUUCUUUCUGGGCUUCGUUUUCCUUCUUCUUUUCUUUCCCUUCUGUUCAUAAUCCAUAUAUCGACCGAUUCAGACUUCUAACCAUACAAUUCUUGUGCUGCUAGCGCUGUUUUCCGUUUCGUUUCUUUGCGUUUCGAGCCCGACUUUGUUCUCGCGUCGAACCCAUGUUGUCACUUGUGCCUAUAUGCGUGUCGCAAUCAUGUUAUGUU